AUGAUGACACAAAUUAUACCCGUUAAUGAAAGCAGGAUUUGUAAUUUCACUAAAAUUACAGAAAAUUGUCAAUUAUUUCGCUAUAUUAACGGAUAUGACAAUAAAGCUAUUACAAAACUGGAAGAAGAUUUCCCUUUAGCUUUUGGGAUUCGUCUAUAUAAUUCUCCGGAACAAGUAGAACAAAUUUUAAGAAUUAUUUAUCGUCCACAUAAUUUUUAUUGUAUACAUGUUGAUACUGGCAGUGAUAUUCACAUAUUUAAUUCUUUAAAAGCAGUCGCCCGAUGCUUUGAGAAUGUGGUGGUUUUAUCAAAAAUACGAACAUUGUAUUCAUCUAUUAGACUUGUAGAAGCUGAUUUAUUGUGUAUGAAAGAAGCGUUAAAAUCGACAAUUCAAUGGAAAUAUUUUCUCAACAUGGCUGGGGAAGAAGUGCCGCUUAAAACUAAUCUUAAAAUGGUUCAAAUUUGCCGGCUGCUUCAAGGAAGAAAUGAAAUUGAAUCGGAACCUGCGCCCCCUUUCGCCAUACGCCGAAUGAAGUGGGUGUAUAAUUUAACUGAAUUCGAAAUGAUCAAAACAAAGGUUUUAAAAAUGCCAUUUACAUUGAAUGUUCGAUUAAGGAAAGGGUGUGCUUAUGGGACAUUUGCUAGAAAAUUUGUUCACUUUGUUUUCAAGAACGACAUAGCAAAUGAUUUAUUCGAGUUUUUAAAAGAUACAUACGCUCCUGAAGAGGUGUUUUUUAAUACGCUAAACUCGGUUGAUGGUGCGCCGGGUGGCUACAAUGUUACCAUUACGAAUGCCAACAGAGAUUUCCUAUCUCGCUCAAUUAAGUGGCAGUGGGACCGGCAUUUUAAGUGUCCUGGAAAAUUCCGCAGAAAUAUCUGUGUAUUUAACAAUAAGGCACUGCCGUGGCUGGUGAAACAACCCGAAAUGAUCGUCAAUAAAAUGGAUGGGGAUUAUGAUCAAGUGGUUAUAGACUGUAUGGAAGAAUAUCUACAUAACAAAACAUUGCAAGCUGGUGUUAAUGGUUUCAAUAAGACGCGUUAUUUACAAUAUCCACAUAUCAAAGACUUGCAUAAGAAGAAUAAGAAGAACUUAUGGGACAAGAUCUAGUUCAUAAAUAUGCCCGACUCCUUCCUUAAAAAAAUGUGUCAUUAUUUUCCAUAAAGCAUAUUCAAGAACAAAAAACACUCACAUAAAGAAUAUCUUUGUCCAUGCCUGAAUGAAAAUGUUUAGAACGGCCUAUUGUGAAGUCAAUAGAAACUAGUUCAAAAAUUAUUCAUCCAUUAAAAAUCGCAUUGUGGUUGUCAAUAGUUAACUGUCCCUGCUGUUGGUCCACAGCGUUCUAUCCUCGGUUGUUGUGUUGUUCUUAGUGUUUAAGGUGAUAUCGCAGACAAGUUGUCUUUUUUAUUUUCAUUAUCUUCGCACGU